GUGCGCUUGCGGGCCUCCUGGCGGUUGUGGAUCUUCCGGGCGGCCAGAGUGCGCGCGCGCGGGCGGGGAGGGAUGGGCGCUCCCCCGGGACGCGGGACUCGUGGGGUCCCGGCUUCCCGGGGGCGCAAGGGGCUCCCGCCUCCCCUUGCCCCGUCCCCCCCUGGCUGCGCCGUCGCCCCGUCCAGCCUCCAGACGGGUCUCUAGGCGCCCAGGAGUGUGUGCGGAGCCGGCUGCGUUGUGCCCUGGGGCAUCUGCCGGUGGAGCGCAGGGCCGGUGUGCCAGGAGGGCCGGGCUGCGGCUGCCUGGUUGACAGAGGGGGAGCCUGGGCCUGAGAAGGGAGGCGGCUUGUCCAGGGCGACGGGGUCCGUGGGUGGGCUUGCUCUCGGGCCUGGGCUCCUGGGCGCGCGUGCUGGCCGCCCUGUUAGUUUUCGUGAUCAAAAGGUUCUUCGGUGUAGCUAGCGGAGGAGCCAGUGAAGGGAGAGCAUUUGAAAACAAGUGUGCCUUGGUGCACAUUUACCCUAUUUUAGAGACCUGGUGUUUCCUGUUCCUGUGCAUACGUGAUUUUCAGUAAUUUGAAGAGAUCAGGAACUACGUAGAGAGCACCGUGAAGAGGAGGGUUUUUUUUCGACGUCCACCGUUAACAGUCUUUGGUUUUCCAAGAGCAGCAGAAAAUGAACGAAUCCCAGGGGCCAGUGUCGUUCAGGGACGUGGCUGUGGACUUCACCCAGGAGGAGUGGCAGCAGCUGGAGCCCGAUGAGAAGACCACCUACAGGGAUGUGAUGCUGGAGAACUACAGCCAUCUUGUCUCCGUGGGGUAUGACAGCACCAAACCGAAAGUGAUCCUCAAAUUGGAACAGGGAGAGGAGCCAUGGGUAGCUGAAGGUGAACUGCCAUGUCAGAGUCAUCUGGAAGUCUGGAAGGUUGAUGACCUGAUAGAGAGAAUCCCAGGAAAUGAAGAAGAACAUUCAAGGCAAGCUAUUUCUGUCAAUGACAAAACCCUGAUUGAAGAGAGAGAGAAUGUAUUUGAUAAAACAUAUAAUGUGGAAACAAGCCUUGUUCCUUCAAGCAUAAUAUCUCAUACUUGUGUCUCAUGUGGAAAGAAUUUAGAAUCUACUUCAGAAUUAAUUAUUAGUGAUGGAAGCUAUGCAAGAAAGAAACCUGAUGAGUGUAGUGAAUGCGGGAAGAUGUACCAUGGAGGGAAACCCUAUGAAUGUAAUCAAAAUGGGGAAAGCUAUUCUCAAAAUGAAGAAAGUAUUCUUCAGAAAAUUAAUAUUUUGGAGAAACCCUUUGAAUAUAAUGAAUGCAUGGAAGCCUUAGACAAUGAAGCUGUUUUCCUUGCUCAUAAGAGAGCUUAUAUAGGGGAAAAGCCCUAUGAAUGGAAUGACUCUGGGUCAGACUUCAUCCAGAUGUCAAGUUUUAAUGUAUACCAGAGAUCACAGAUGGAAUUGAAGCCCUUUGAAUGCAGCGAAUGUGGAAAAUCCUUCUGUAAAAAGUCAAAAUUAAUCAUACAUCAAAGGGCCCAUACAGGAGAGAAACCUUAUGAAUGUAAUGUUUGUGGGAAAUCCUUCAGUCAAAAGGGGACUCUCACUGUCCAUCGGAGAUCACACUUAGAGGAGAAGCCCUAUAAAUGUAACGAAUGUGGGAAAACCUUCUGUCAGAAGUUACAUCUCACCCAACACUUGAGAACUCAUUCAGGUGAGAAGCCCUACGAAUGUAAUGAAUGUGGGAAAACCUUCUGCCAGAAGACCCAUCUCACCCUACACCAGAGGAAUCAUUCAGGAGAAAGACCCUAUCCUUGUAACGAAUGUGGGAAAUCCUUUUCCCGCAAGUCUGCCCUCAGUGACCAUCAAAGAACGCAUACAGGAGAGAAACUUUACAAAUGUAAUGAAUGUGGGAAAUCCUACUACCGAAAAUCUACCCUCAUUACACAUCAGAGGACACACACAGGAGAGAAACCCUAUCAGUGCAGUGAAUGUGGGAAGUUCUUCUCUCGGGUGUCAUACCUCACUAUACAUUACAGAAGUCACUUAGAAGAGAAACCCUAUGAAUGUAACGAGUGUGGGAAAACCUUCAAUUUAAAUUCAGCCUUCAUUAGACAUCGGAAGGUACACACAGAUGAGAAACCCCACGAAUGUAGUGAAUGCGGGAAGCUCUCUCAGUUCUCCUAUCUCACUGACCAUCCUACAGCUCCUUUGGGAGACAAACCCUAUGAAUGUAAUGAGUGUGGGAAAAUCUUCCUUGACAGUUCAACCUUCAAUGGGCACCAGUCGCUUCCAAAAGGGGAGAAAUCCUAUGAAUGUAACAUCUGUGGAAAAUUAUUUUCUGAGUUGUCUUACUACACAAUACAUUACAGAAGUCAUUCUGAAGAGAAACCCUAUGGGUGCAGUGAAUGUGGGAAAACCUUCUCCCAUAAUUCAUCCCUCUUCAGACAUCAAAGAGUGCACACAGGCGAGAAGCCCUAUGAGUGUUACGAAUGUGGGAAGUUCUUCUCUCAGAAGUCCUAUCUUACCAUCCACCACCGAAUCCAUUCAGGAGAGAAGCCCUAUGAAUGUAGUAAAUGUGGGAAAGUCUUCUCUCGGAUGUCAAACCUCACUGUACACUAUAGAAGCCAUUCAGGAGAGAAGCCCUAUGAAUGUAAUGAAUGUGGAAAAGUCUUUUCUCAGAAGUCAUACCUCACUGUACACUAUAGGACUCAUUCAGGAGAGAAACCCUAUGAAUGUAAUGAGUGUGGGAAAAAAUUCCACCACAGGUCAGCCUUCAAUAGCCAUCAGAGAAUUCACAGGAGAGGUAAUGUAAAUGUACUGGAUGUAGAGAAUCUCCUGUGAAGCCAAAACCCUCUGAGUUUGACGAAAUCUAAUAGGGAGUUGGAUGUCAUUGAGAGUUAGUAUUUCUGAAUGGGGAAAACCAUUUAGGCAUUAGAUUCAUCACCACCUGAUUUCUCACAGAAAGGAAUCCCUAGGAAUGCAAGAAGAAGCAAAGCCUUCUGCAAGGUCCUACAACCCAUUGGGCACAAGAUAAUUUAUACAGGAGUGAAACAUGAUGAAUAUUUAAUAUUUAUUUUGGAAUUCAAAUUGUAUUUACAUAUCAGGGAAUCAUACCAAGGCAAGAUCUGUCAGAGUGAUGAAUGUGGAAAAACAUAUUGUCUUGGAAAUUGUUAUACUAAAAGCCAUAUUUCUGAUGUAAAUUCCACUGUUUAUAGGAAAACUAUCAGAAGCUAUCAGCUCUGAAUAAACCAUUAUAUAAAAUGAAGUUUUGGAAUCAUCAGGAGCUUAAAAUGAGGACGGUAGCAUUAAACACAUAUAUGGCAGUUUCUAUCAUGUUUUAAAAAUAUGGUCUAACAGUAAUUCUAUGCAAAUUUGGGGUUGAAUUUUUGGGAAAAGGCAGUAUUCUAAUUUGAGUCUUAAGUUGGCAAAGUGUACUAAUACAGGCUAUAUGUUUUUGGUGAGACAUUUGCUAGAUACCGGAUAAUUAAAUACAUAAUUUUCUAUUGGGAGGCAUUGACAAAUGAGUUUUUAGUGAAUGCCCCAUCAAUAAAACCUAAGCUGUGGGUUUUGUAGUGUUUUCAACUACAUUUGAGCAAAAAAUAUUUUUAAAACACUAUUUUCAUAAACUAUGCAUAGAUGACUUGGAGUUAAGUCUGGGUCAGUAGAAGGCAGCAUCCACAUUGUUAUCUGUAGAAUACACACAGCUCUCAUGCCACUCCACUUAUCUAAUCAAUAGGUUUAAGUGCACAGUAUGCCAAUACAAUGUCUUUCAGAAACGUCAUCUCUCCUUUUAUUUGACAUGAAUAUUAUGUCAUGUUUUUGUGUGCACUGCCCCUCAUUCCCAGUAUUUUGGAACAAAUACAAGUUUCUAGCAGUGUCCUUAACUCAGUGUCCUUUCUCCCCUUAUUCCUCUCUGGAAGAGUUUGUCCACCAUUUCCUCACAUGACAGAUUCAUCUGAACCAAUCAUGAUAAUUCCACUCCAGUUGCCAGUAAUUGUUUAUAUGGUCACAUGACUCAGUUCUGGGCCAAGGAAUGUAAGGGUCAUUUAAAAAUCAAAAAUUAAUCACUGGACUACAUCACAUGGAAGCAAGUAAUCUAAGAUGCAAAGAAGUCAUGUGAUAAAGUUAACAUCCAUUUGUGUUCCUCAUAAGCUAUGAAUUUGAAAAGAACUUCUCUACUUGGAUGAAAAGUAUUUAAAACUACAAGCACCAGCAUAUCUAAUACUAAAAUAUUGAAAGUUUUCUCCAGGUUGCAAAAAUGAAAAAAAGAUUAAAAAGGGUAUCUCCUGUCACUAAUUAUAUUCAGUAUUCUGCAGAAGGACCUAGCCAGGAGAAUAAGGGAAGGAAAAUAGUUAAACAGUAAGGAUUAGAAAGAAGUAAAACUUUUAUUUUCAUUUGACAUGAUUUUGUACAUUGAAAGUUUUGAGGAAUGCACAGAUAGUUAGAAUUAAUAAAUUUAGCAAGGUCCCUACAUACAAGCUUAUGCAAAAAUAGUUUUUUAGUAUACCAGCAGUGAACAUAAAAAAAUGAACAUCUUAAAAGCAAUGCCACUUACAGUAGCAUCAGAAUCCUCAAGUGCCUCGAGGGAAAAUGACCUAACACCAUGUUUUUAAGAAUCGUGUCCAGAAAAAUAAUUCGCAGAACUCAAGAGAGACAUAUCUAGUUCAUGGACUCCAGCACGGUCUUAAAAAGAUACCAAUUUUCCCCAAAAUUAAUUCAUAUGUUCAGAGCAAUCUUAAAAGUCUUAGUAAGUUAAUCAAAAGUAAGCUAACUCUAAAAUUCAAAUGAAAAUUCAGAAGACCAGUAAUAGUCCAGGCUAUUUUCUGGAAUAGGUGGAGUGAAAACUUACAUUGCCAGAUAUCAAGGAAGGCCUGUCCUAAAGCUGCAGAAGUUAUAAUUGUGUGGUAUUGGUGCAGAGAUACAUUGACUAUUGGGACAGAAUAAAGAUUCCAGAAACACCCAUAUAUAAUACAGUCACUUGGUUUUUGAUGAAGAUGAUAAUGCAGUGUAAUGGGAAAGGUACUGUUUAAUAGAAAAAAUGGAUUGAGAUGGAUUACAGAUCUGAAUAUGGCAUGUAAAAUAAAGCUUUCAGAAGAAAACUUAGGCUGUAUGUAAUCUUAUAGAAAGGAAAUUUUUCUUAAGACCCCCCCCCAUCACUAAACUAUAAAAUAAAACCAGUUAGUUUGGAUAUAUUAAUUUUUUGGAACUUAUGUUUGUCAAAAGGACCCCCAUUAAGAAAGCACAUAGGCAAGAAAUGGGGAGAAGGUACUUGCAACUCAUGUAUCUGACAGCAGACUUGAGUGUAGAGGAGGAGUUGGUGAUCAUUUUUGGAAGGGGCCAGAUAGUAAGUACUUGGGGCUUGUGAGCUAGGUAGUCUCUGUGAACAUGUCUGUGUUUCAAUAAAACUUUAUUCACCAACACAGGCAACAGUCUGGAUUUGGCCCAAAGGCCACAGUUUCCAGCCCUGGAUCUAAAAAUUGAAAAAGAACAAUUACAAACCAACAAGAAACAAAUAGAAAAUGGGCAAAAGAUUGGGACAUCCACUUAACAAAAGAGAAUAUCCAGAUGGCCAGUAAACACAAAAAGGUAUGUUAUUUUUGUUAGUAAUCAGGGAAAUGCAAAUUUAAAACACUAUGUGGUACUACCACCUGCCCACUGAUACGGUUAAAAUGAAAAUCAUGAAAAAGAAGUUUUGGCAAGGAUGUAAGCAGCAGGAAGCCUAUUCUACUGGAGGUAUUGCCAACUAGUUUGACCAUUUUGGAAAGCUGGCACUUUGAACGUGCAUAUACCCUUUUAACACAAACCUAGCAGAUAGGUGCACAUAUAUCAACCAAGGGACAUGCUAGAAUAUUCAUGGCGUAAAACUGCACAGACCAGAAUUCUCCGAAGGCAUGCAUGCUGUAGAAUGAAUGAACCUAAGUGGUAUGUUUCAUUGCAGAAGACUACAUACAGAGUGUUGAGAACAAGUGGACCGUAAGUAUUUGCAGUGAUAGCUCAGUUUCACAGAGACAAAUGACGGGAGCCAGACACAGAAGCAUCCACACUGCAUGACUCUGUAACAUAUAAGAGGAGAAAAACUUGUCUUUACAGUUAGAAAUCAGGAUAGCAGCCAGCUGUGGAGAAGACUGAAAGAGGGUAUUUAUCUGGUGCUGGUAAUACUGUUCCUAAAUCUGGGUGCUGAAUAUCUGAGUGUUCUGUACACUUAAGAUAUGUCUUUUUCUGCAUGUAUAUUUUAAAAUCCUGCAUCAUUUUGUGCAGGAACUAUUCUUUAGAGUAGUUUUAAUGGCAACUACAGAUAUUUCCUUCACUGUGACCUUAAAACUUAAUAUAAAGUAUAUUUUAAGUAAAAUAUUUGAAAAGGUGACAGGGCCAUUACAUAUUUUGUCAUCCUAUCCUUUUGCAUAUAUAAAUGGGUCUGAACUGCCUCUUCCAAUAAAGAACUAAUGUGUGUAAACAUUUUA